AGUCAUGUGUUAUUUUUGAGCCCGGGAAAAAUGUAACGCAAAAUUUAUUUUUGUUGCAAAACAAUUUUCUCAUAAUGUUUGUGCUGGCUGAAAUGAAAGAUGUUAUAAGAGUAACACCUGAAUUUUUCCACCAAAGUUUAACAGAAUCAAUUACAACACUGCUUAAUAGAAAACUGGCAAAUAAGGUGGUGCUAAAUGUAGGUUUAUGUAUAGCUUUAUUCGAUAUAACUCACAUAGGCCAUUCUUACAUAUUCCCUGGCGAUGGUUCAUCACACACCGAGGUUAAGUUCAGAUAUAUUGUAUUUAGACCAAUAGUUGAAGAAAUCCUUGUUGGUAAGAUUAGAAGUUGUAGUAGAGAAGGAGUUCAUGUGACUCUGGGGUUUUUUGAUGAUAUCCUAAUACCAGUAAAUGCAUUGCAACACCCAUCUAGAUUUGAUGAAACAGAUCAAGCUUGGGUUUGGGAGUAUCCUAAAGAAGAUGGAGAGAAGCACGACUUAUUUAUGGACUCUGGAGAGUCAAUUAGAUUUAGAGUAACAAGUGAAGCAUUUGAAGAAAGUCUACCUACAGGACCUCCAGGGUCAGAAUGUGCUGUGCAAACCGUAGCCCCAUAUAAGCUUGUAGGGGGAAUCAAUGAACCAGGAUUAGGCCUGCUAUCGUGGUGGGAAGCCCCAGAACAAGAUGAUGGUGAUGACAAUGAUAUUGAACAGGAGAAUGAUGAAUAAAUUAUUAUUUUAUACUACA